AUGGCUGUUCAGCGCAACAUCAGAACCAGACCUGCCAAUUCCACCCAAGGACCUGAUCGUCAAUCCCCUCACACGAAUCCUCCCCAAGGACCUGGUCCUCAACCCUCUUCCACCAUACCUGUCGACGCACACAUUUUCCACUUCCCCUGUAUUACAUCUCGCGAUGUAACGGCCAUUCACGACCUACUUCGCAUCGCAUCUCUUGAUGUAACGCUCAUUCAUUACAUGCUUCGAGAGAUAGCUGCCCGACUCCACAACAAAACCGAGCCUUCCGGAUCCAUCCCAGGACCUGAUUCUCGGUCCUCUCACACUCUUCUUGUCCAAGGACCCGAUCCUCAGCCCUCUCCCACCACGCCUGACCACAGACACGAUUUUCAGCUAUGUAAACUUACAACUCGAAAAGGGAAACAAACGUUCGAGGUUCCAAUAAUAGAGGAUAUAAUGCACGUUUAUAUCGAAAUGCACGUUUCAAGCGCAAGUACGGAGGCAGGACAGGGAAUGGUUCAACUACUCGUAGGGGCAGACGGUGGCACCUCAGGCUUCAACGAGGAUGAUUUUUUCCCACAGACAGUUCAGGGUCCAAGGAGGGAGGCGGAAUUGGCUUUGUCUAGAGCGAACACCAAGGAAAUAUGGCGCGCAGUUCGACUAAGCAGACCGAGAGAUAGUGCUAUCCUAGGUUUGAGAGAGUGGGAGAAUAAGAAGGUGCCUGUGCGGGAAGUGAUUUGGCACAAAUUUGCGAGGAGAAUCGGCUCUUCGUAUGAACGCACUUGGAACGAAUGGCUCAAGGAGUGGGAACAUUAUUUAAGGCAAGAAGAUAAAAAGGUGUGGCAAGGGCAGAGAAGACUCGACAGGGACUCGCGAUGGCAGGCAAUGCGGAAUGGAGUGGUGUUCGAGCCUGAGGGCGGUUGCUUGUAUUGUGCUGAUGACAAGUGUAACGGAUGCUCGGGUUGUUGA